AUGGCCACCGUCAUCUCAGUGAGUGCUGCCUUCCUUCCCUCCCGCUGCCUCCCCAAGUCUUCGCCAACCUCAACGAGCCCCUCUGGGCUGGAGGUUCAUGGAAGGUGUGAAGGGGCUUUCACAGGUACCGCCAGGGCCCCUUUGCAUCCACACGAUGUCCCCAGCUCCCUCCGCAGCCCUUGGCCCCGGGAAGUCCCCGUUUUCACCUGCGCAGGAAGCACCGAGCGCCGGGGCUCCUGGGCGGGGCGCCACCUGCAGCGAAGCCAGCCAGACGGAGGCCUCGCACGACUCGCGGGGGUCCCCCUAAGGCUGGUGCAUAACGAGAAGUCCGAGGCGCGAACUCUCCGAGCCCCGGAACUCCAGGCAGGAGACCUGGCAACACGGAGUCCCGGAUUCCCGCUGCUGACACUCGGCAAGCCAGGGCUGCCUCUGCAGAAGGGCCGGGUCUCCUGCACCUUCUCCCCUGACCCAUCAGCAAGCACUGCUCCAGGUGAAAGUUGGCAGGAAGCUGUCCAGAGGAAUGACCUCCCCUCGCGACUGGAUUUCUCUUGCCCCUGCCUAGCGUCGACACUUAGAGACAGACUAACUCGGGGUCUGCAGAAGCCACGGCACCGGCCCUGGCCAGGAGCGCAGCGCAGAGCUGAGGACGCAGGGGACCCGGCGCGCCGCGGCAGGCCAGCUGGGACAGACUCCCGGGAAGGCUGGGGACCCGGCUGCAGAGCUCACCAGUCACACUGCAGGAAACCGGGCUGACGCAAGGCCUCUGCGCAGCGGCGACGGCUGGGUACAAAGGCGCUUUAUUCUCACCUAACAGUUUCCAGCCAGCGAGCCCCGGCCGCAACCCGGGAACUGCCCGGCUGGCAAGCUGGGCGUGUUGUCGUUUUUUUAAAUAAAGAAACUGAAUCUCAACGAA